AUGGGUGGCCCUGGCCGCUCUGGACUGGCUCAGAAACAGACUGGGGCGUGUUCAAUACGACAAGAUCGCGCCGGAGCCUCUUUGCCGAUUUCGGUGCGAGGCCGCUUCUGGGUUCCGGAGUCGACCGCGCAGGAGAUGGGCAGAACCCAGUUUGAGGGUGCGCUUUUCUCCCAGGCGAUUCUGAUGCAGCGACCGGCCACCCAGCAGGCGCGAGCCCAGCAACAUCUUGGGAGUGGGAUCGCAUCCAGCUACCAGGCGGACUUCUCGCUGGCGGCCUUGCAGUCGCGCAAGGCGCAGGCGGAGUCCAUGAGGAGGGCCGCGAGCGCACCCGCGGGCGUCUCCGCCGAGGGGCUCGAGGACGACCGCGGACGCCCGCCGAGGCUGGAGCCGGGCGGCAGCCGGCCGAACCACACCCGCCUGUCCUACGGCUUCUCGAGGGAGGCCGACUCAAGCAUGCCGACCCGCUUGCUGCGCGGCUCGACGAGGCUCUAG